UCACUCAUGCUUGGUUACAUGGCCGCUGUCUUUGCGAUUCAAAUGUCAGCUUCUGUUCUGACACAAAUCAACAACGAUAUCGGACCAAGUACCUCUUUUGCCUGGCUAUCUACCAGUCAGGUUCUUCCAGUCGCGACGCUGGGACCUAUGGCUGGACGCCUGAGUGAUAUCUUCGGUCGACGAAAUUUCAUUCUUUUCGGGAAUCUAUGUGGCCUCAUCGGGUGCGCGAUAUGUGCUACCGCAAACAACAUCCCCGUCGCAAUCGGUGGCGGCGUUUUCAUUGGCGUUGCAUCUACCUUACAGCAACUUGCAUGGACCGCCGUCGGCGAGAUAGUCCCUAGGAAGUAUCGAGGUCUCGCACUUGGACUUUUCGAGAUAAGCUUACAUGCUCGGCAAACAGGUUGCGCCAUUGGGAAGUAUAGUACAUGGAGAUGGGUUUUUUGGGUUCCAUUCAUCCUCAACACGUGUGGUCUCUUCGCCGUGUUCCUCUUCUACCGACCGAAGAACCAAUACAUCAUUGAAGAAGGAAAAACCAGACGUCAAGAACUCUGGGAUCUGGACUGGAUAGGCUUCUUCCUUUACGGCAAUGGCUUGCUAUUCCUGCUUCUUGGAAUCUCGUUCGGGGACAACGUUUUCCCGUGGAAGUCUGCUGGUACAAUCACGAUGAUCGUUCUCGGAGUCGUUCUGCUCAUCGCUUUUGGGAUAUACGAAAGAUUCUGGGAUCAGAUUUUCCCGCUAUUCCCGCCCGUGGUUGUGCACAAGAUACGCGGUGUCAUUUUCGUAAACGUCGGCAUCUUCCUGUUCGGCAUGAUGUACUACUCUGUGGCAGUUCUUUGGCCACAGUUGAUCCAGGGUUUGUACACCACCGAUCUUCUGAAAGUUGGUUGGUAUGCGUCUUCGCUCGGUAUGACUGGAAUCGUCUCCUCGUUCAUCACCGGUUAUGUGAUGACUCGUUAUGGACACGCUCGACUUAUUUUCGCCACCAUCAUCGCCAUUGGAACUAUCGCCGCUGGGUGCAUGGCGAUCAUUCAUCCAGAGCCCCAAUCGUCGACAGCGUGCGUGAUUCUGGUUUCACUUCAAGGAUUGACUGUCGGUGGCGGUAUGAUCGUGUCCACCGCAAUGAUUCAGCUAGCUGUAGAACAUGAGUAUAUCGGCCUCGCUACUCAGAUGGCCGUCACUGCUAGGAAUGCCGGAGGUGCCGUCGGUACCGUUGUCUACACUGCAAUCUACACGGGCCAGAUCAGAAAAAACAUCAAGCAACGAGUGGCUCUGCCAUUAGCCAUGGCUGGAGUUCCUCCUACGAGCCUUGCCGCCGUGGUUGGAGCCCUCAUGGGUCAAGCUCCACCAUCUGUUCUCGCAGCUCUUACCCCUGAGCAACUUGGCCUUGCUCUGGCUGGUCUAAGGCAGGCGUUCAUCCACUCUUUCCGAGUCGUGUUCCUGAGCUCUAUCGCUUUUGGGGUUGUUGGAACCGUCGCGGCGUGUCUAACGAAGGAUGUUGACCAUCUCAUGACCAAUAAGGUGGAAAUGACUCUCGAUGUGGGUGCAAAAUUCACCUCCAAUAAGACCGACACUGGUGAAGGACAUGUCAUUGGAAUUGAAGAGCAGAAGCUACACACCAGGCACAGGGUUUAA